AUGACAGUUACUCAAAUCCCCGAUGCUGUCGUUACAGAUAGAGGCGGAACUGUCGAAAACCGGCACUUGGUGCACGCCGCAGUUGUCGAUUCGAGUGGCAAACUGCUCUUCUCUGUCGGCGACCCGAGUCGAAUGACUUUAUCACGAUCUGCAGCAAAACCAAUACAAGCACUGGCACUUCUGGAGAUUGAUGGAUUUGACCAGUUCAAAUUCGACAAUGCAGACUUGGCAUUGACGUGCGCCUCACACAGCAGCGAGGAGCGGCACGUUUCCCGUGCCCGAGAGAUGCUCCUCAAAGCAGGUGUCACUGAGUCUGAUAUGCGAUGUGGUGGUCAUACGGCUCUAUCUGAUAGUGUCAAUCGUGCGUGGAUUAAAAACGAUUACACUCCCACUGCUGCAUGCAGCAAUUGCUCAGGCAAGCAUGCCGGCAUGUUGGCUGGAGCCAAGGCACUCGGUGCCAAAACAAAGGACUAUCAUCUCCCUAGCCAUCCAGUUCAGAUGCAGGUUCGCCGCGUCUUUGAAGAACUCUGUUAUCCGGACGAAACGAAUGUGCCCUGGGGGCUUGAUGGCUGCAAUCUUCCAGCUCCCGCGACAUCCCUUCGUCUACUUGGGAAGCUAUAUGCGACAGUCGCCACUUCUGCAGACAAUGUGGCGAAAGGCGUACUAGUUGAGGAUAAAUCUAGUGAGCUUCGCACUCGCUCACUGGGCCGGAUCUUCCAUGCUAUGUCGCAAUUUCCCGAGCUUGUCGCCGGCGAAGGCAGAUUUUGCACAGAGCUCAUGCGUGCAUUUCAAGGAGAGUUGAUUGGAAAGCUUGGUGCUGAUGGCUGCUACGGAAUCGGUAUUCGGGAGUCAGAGAAUACCCGGAGCUUGGGAGCGCGUGGCGCUCUUGGCAUUGCGGUCAAAAUUGAGGAUGGAAAUGUCAACAUGCUGUACGCAGCGGUUAUGGAGAUCUUGGAGAGGCUACAUAUUGGAGCACCUCGGGCUCGUCGUGAUCUUGACCAUUUCCACCAUCCCAAAAUUCUCAAUACGGUCGGAGUUGUUACGGGUCAUGUAUCUCACCAGUUCCGGUUAUCCCCUUCAUUCUAA